UAACGGGUCUUGAAUUGGUGGGGCGGGGGAAGAAUACUGCGUUUUCGAUAAUUGUGCAAUUCGCUGUAAGAAUUUGGAACCGUUGAUAGUACUGCGUCAUUGUUCGUUCUUCCAUCGCUGAAACUUGUAGGAUUUGCACCACGAUCAUGACUUCUUCUCUUUGUUGUCCGCUGCUACUUGGAAUCCCCAUACCCAUGGGACAUUCCAAGCUUCCAUUGCGACUAAGAGUUCCAUCUCUAGUUAUGGCCGCUUCUUCAGAGCCAAUUGGCACUGCUAGCUCAUCUGGAGAAUCAACAAAAUUGAUCACGUUUCUCGGAAAAGGUGGCUGUGGCAAGACCACUGCUGCUAUUUUCGCCGCUCAGCAUUACGCAAUGGCUGGACUAAAUACAUGCUUAGUUAUACAAAACCAAGACACCACUGCUGACUAUCUCCUCAACUGUAAGAUUGGAAAUUCCCAAGUUGAAUGCAGCAAGAACCUUUCAGCUGUUAGGUUGGAAACAACUAAAAUGCUUCUUGAACCUCUAAACCGUUUGAAGCAAGCUGAUGCCCAGCUUAAUUUGACACAAGGCACACUCGGAGGGAUUGUUGGAGAAGAGCUUGGUGUCUUGCCUGGGAUGGACUCAAUCCUUUUGGCAUUGUCACUUGAGAGGCUUGUUGGAUUCUUGGGGACUACAGCUCCAAAGAACCAACAAAAAAAAUUUGAUAUUGUAAUAUAUGAUGGUAUCAGCAGUGAGGAAACCCUGCGUAUGAUAGGUGCAACCAGUAAAGCAAGAUUGUACUUGAAAUAUUUGCGCACCUUGGCUGAGAAAACUGACCUAGGGAGAUUGGCUGCUCCUACACUGCUGAGACUUGUGGAAGAGGCUAUGAGAAUUAGUGGUAGCAGAUCCUAUUUUGAUGGGAAAAUGAGUGCAGAAAUAUGGGACACUCUGGAUGAAUUGCUGGUGCGAGGAUCGUUUGCCUUCAUAAACCCACAGAGAUUUGGUUGCUUCCUUGUGAUGGAUCCAAAUAAUCCAACCUCUGUUGGUUCUGCAUUACGAUAUUGGGGUUGUACUAUCCAAGCUGGUGGACAGGUUUCUGGUGCUUUUGGUGUCACCUCUCAGCAACUGAAUAUAGAAUCACUGGAUAAAGUGAAGAAAAAUUUUUCACCCUUGCCUUCUGCUUUCAUUUCUAGCAUGUUGAUGAAUAGCCCAAUAGCUUGGAACAGCAUUCUAUUGGAUACUGUCAAUGAAGAUGCCAGGCUUCUUCUUACAUCAUUUGCAAGCCGAAGAAGCAAUGUUAAAUCAUCAGUUAAAUUUGAUUCAACAAGAAAAAUAGUAACUCUCUUCAUGCCAGGUUUUGACAAAUCAGAGAUCAAGCUAUACCAAUAUAGAGGAGGGUCAGAACUAUUGGUUGAGGCAGGUGACCAAAGACGUGCCAUUCCUCUGCCACCCGAAAUUCAAGGUAAGGUUGGUGGAGCCAAAUUCUCGGACAGAAAUCUUGUAGUUACAUUGCUGUAACCCCAGAAGUGAUCUUUCUUUUUGUUUUACACCAAUAAUGCCUGAAAAAUGCUUCGUGCUUGGUGAUGAUUAUUAUCGGUUUCAGUAGAUUUUGUAGGCUUGCAUAUUUAGUGCAGAUUAGUGAUUAUGCCAAGGAAGGAAUAAGAGCCCACUGAUAUUUAAUCUGAUUGAAUGAAAUGCAAAUGUUUUCCAUGACUGGAAUAAAUGAUAAGGUCUGACUUCUGAU